AUGAAGGCGAGGGCGAGGUCCAGCGGCGGCGACUCCAGGCUCUCGGUGAGGAAGACCAAGGCUGAGAAGGACCCAAACAAGCCUAAGAGGCCUCCGAGCGCGUUCUUCGUCUUCAUGGAGGAGUUCAGGAAGGACUACAAGGAGAAGCACCCCAAUGUGAAGCAAGUCUCCGUGAUUGGCAAGGCUGGUGGUGACAAGUGGAAGUCCCUGUCUGAUGCCGAGAAGGCUCCCUACGUCUCUAAGGCCGAGAAGCUCAAGGCUGAGUACACCAAGAAGAUGGACGCCUACAACAACAAGCAGUCUGGAGGCCCCACAGCGUCUGGUGAUUCUGACAAGUCCAAGUCCGAGGUGAACGACGAGGACGAGGAGGGUGACGAGUGA